AUGAAGAAGUUGGCCGAGAAGAAGGCUGCUACCGGCAAUACUUUGGUUACUGCUGACGACAACAAUACCUUUUGGUUUUCCACUCUUGGCUCCCAUGGAAAGGCUCCACUGGCCGAGAACAACUAUGUCGUUUACAGAAACGUCCUGGACUACGGGGCCGACAACACUGGGACCAAUAACACCAAGGAAGCAAUCAAUGCUGCCAUCAUGGAUGGUAACCGAUGUGGCGAGGACUGCGGAAGCACUACCGUUCGCCCAGCUCUGAUUUACUUCCCACCCGGUACCUACAAGAUCUGCGCUCCCAUCAUCCAGUACUACUUCACACAGUUCGUCAGUGAUCCCAAUAACCGGCCCAUCAUCAAGGGAUGCGAGACCUUUACUGGAAUUGCCCUCAUGGAUGUCAACCCCUAUAUCCCCGGCUCGGGUAUCAAUUGGUACAUUUCCCAGAACCAAUUCUUUCGACAGAUUCGCAAUUUCGUGCCGACAUCUGACAAUCUUGGAAAGCCUCCUACCCAUGUUGGCAUUUUCACCGAGAACGGCUCGGGAGGGUUUGUUUCAGAUCUCGUCUUUGAGGGCGGUGCUAUCGGGUGGCGAGUGGGUUCUCAGCAGUACACGGCUACAUCACUACAGUUCAAGAACUGCAGCACCGCCGUAGACAUGGUGUGGGAUCGGGGUUUCAACUGGCACAAGAUCGAGAUUGAUGGCGGCAGCGUUGACUUUAACAUCAGCGGAAUUGGUGGCCUUAACGACCAGGGUAUCGGCUCAGUGUCCAUCAUUGACUCGAUUGUCAAGAACGUGCCCAUCGGAAUCCUCGCUGCUCCCCGUGCUGUGGACGUGGUUCUUGAUAAUACGGUUUUCACCAACGUCGGUAUCAUUGUGGUGCUCAGCGGAACAAAGGAUCCCAUCAUUGAGGGCACCAGUGGUACCAAGGAGCUCACCCUGCGGGAGUAUGGAAAGCAAUACAUUCAUAAUCAAGGCCGGUCUUCCAUGGGCCAGUCUAUUGACGACCGUCCCCGACCCGCGCCCUUGCUUGAUGGCAUGGCAAACUGUUUACUCUGCCCGUCACCGCCUUAUAUCCUUGUUAUGCCACCAACCACGCUUGCUACCCCUACCACGAUCUACAUCGACCCGUACACGACCGAGGUCGAGGUUGGACAAAUGCAAAACGGAACCUUUAGCGCCACAACUACGACUUUGACAGUCGCUGUGGCCUCUAUCAUCACAAGCGUCAUUCCAGUGGCCAACUACAAUUACACGGGUGAAGAGAGUGAAGGUGCUCCGUUGUGGAUCAUCCCCAGCAUUGAAAUUCCACCAGCUCCCGUGGUCCUCACCAAACCCGAUGGCGCGGUGGCAACCCGGACUCUCACCCUUCCGCCAUGGCCGCAGAUUACAUUCAGUGGCGAGAAAGCCAACUCUUUCCCCCGUUCCCUCUGUCCACACCGUCCCGUUUACAGGUUCUUGGGACUCUUCACGGCCGCCCCAACAUAUACGAUGACUGUUACAGACACACCUGGAGCCUCCAAUACUGCGUCGGUAUACACCCUCGCUAUACCAAAACCAUCUGGUGGUGCAUCGUCGUCUGUCAGCCUCAUCACCUUCACCAGUCAACUCAGCUUUCCACUGCCGGUGCCCCCAAUCUUCACAUCCACUGUCCAUACAGUCACCUUCACUGGUUGGUGGGAUUUCUCAGUUGGCACGGCUCCUCCAACCUACACGAUGACCAUCACCGACAUCCCUGGUUUGGCCAGCAACUCCUCGGUGCAUAUGUUUACUCCGCCACAGCCGUCUGAUGCAACAACCACCGUCAGCGCCAUCAAAUUCACCACUCAAUUCUUGAUUCCGAUUACCACGCUCCCAGUACCCCCCGAGUUUGCAACCACCACGCUUGUGGUACCGACACCGCAAACCUUUUACCCGCCGGUCGUCGACCCAUGCCCAGUGAAUCGAGUAUAUCUAAAACAGGAAAGCGUCUGGGUUUCAGCUCCCACUGACUGUCCGGCCGGUGCGAAGUCAAUAACCAUUCCAUGGGACUGUCCACCAACCACAACCAAGUGGUUGCCCGUCCGCACCGAAGCAAGCUUUAAUUUUGGCUGUGUACACUACACUGGUGCCGGGACAGGUCUUCUCACUUUCACUGAAUUUACUACAGGAGUAUACAUUGAGCUACUGGAUAAGAAGCCUGAAGACGAGAACGAGGACAACACGAGUCAUUGUGACGGCUUUAAAAUUCUUUUCGUGGGUCUUCAUCACUUGAAAGUCACUUACAAUCUUACUGACAAUUUUCCAAGAUUUGUAUUCCUUUGCUUCACUUCAACAUUGACUUUGGGUGGGUGA